AUUGUUUUUAUUCCCACUCGUUCUCUCUAUUUUGGCUUGCUGCUUCAUUUUUUUAGUCGUGUGCUAUAUAAGUGCUGCUGCCCUGGUACCUUUCUCGUCUCGAACCCCGCAGCCUUGUGCCGUCCAUACCUUCCUUACCUACCCCUCGUAGCCAUAUAUUUCGUACGUUGAGCCUACGUCUUCCCACCGUCGACGAGGCUGGCACUUGGCUGGCCGGCAUCGAUGCCCACAACCACAAUGGCACAACGGCCCAAGCGGAAGCGUGGCGGUGACCAGGAGCCACUUCUCAUCGUGCCUCCUCCCCAACAUCCCAACCAGGGAGAAGCGCUAUUACAACCAACAUGGACCAGCGAGCUCCAGGACCUUUACAACACCAUGCGUCAGGUGGAGGAAGAGCUGCCCUUGAUGGAACGUGUCGAUCUCCAAAACGCGCCAGGGAACAGAGACGGACAGAACGACUUCCUUCAGCCUCCGACGCCUUCGACGGCCAUGUCCCGCUCGCCCUCGUGCGCUAGCACAACACACUCCGUCACACGUGCUCUAAAUAACGUCGAAAUGGACAAGGACCGUCCCUCCAAAAAACGGGCUGUGCGCCACGGCCCCUUGGACAAGUACACAAAGGCGCGGGCUGCUUUCAUCCGGAAGCUUGGUGCUUGCGAUAGUUGCCGAGGACGGAAGGUCAAGUGUAACCACUACAACUUGGAUCGCUUCCAGCAAAAGUACGAAGCAUCCAAACGGCCCACGAUUGCGAGUCAACCCGCACCGAUGAAUCUGCAGUUCCUGCCGUAUACGCAUCCCCAGACGUAUUCCGCUAGACCCUAUCAGCCACGCUUCAGCGAACCGGUGGAUCUGAUCGGUGUCGGCCUUGACCUUCCGCCUCUUCCAUUCCAAUAUCCACAGGGUACUCAGGAGGAGGACUUCGACAACAUCUUGCUGGCAACUCGCUCACAGCAGCCAGCCAUCCCUGCCAGCAAUGCGGCCCCCCUAUACAACUUUGGCCCACCCACACGGAGCCUCGGCACCUUAUUCCCCCCUCCACCCUCGACAAUAGCUACGAUGCCCCAGGAAGCUUCACCUAAUCCACAUCGAUAUGUCCCAAUCGGGAGAAAGGUGCUGUCCCCCGGCCAAGAGUGGGAAUGUCUUUGGGGCAUUAAUGAUGGGACCGAAUCCUCGGUAUCCAGCGGAGAAGCUGAAGCUUGCAAUGUACGCUGUAAUACAUUGGACCAUCUCUACAUUCACUUCAGUGUUGAGCACGCGCCAUAUCAGAAUCCGAACUUCAUGUGGAGAUGUCUUGCCUGCAACUUCAAUUGGAUCAAUCCAAAUGUCUCUUGCCCUAACUGUUCCACGCUGUGUUCCUGGCAGAAGUGGUGUUGGGGCUACAUCAGCAGUAUGCCGAGCCUUACCUCAGGGUCUUCAAUCCCUCUUGCCAACCAAGACGGUGCGCCCUCAAAACCGUCCACCGGGAACAACCAAGCUGGGUAUUUCAGUCUGGCUCCGAACCCGAAUCAAUACAGCACAACGAGAUAUAUGGCUGGGGGCCAGGGCAAUCCGAUGAAUGGAGGCGGCUACCAACAGUACGGUGUGCGGUUGGGGAAUAUGCCGCCAGGCAAGUCGAAGGAUUUCCAGGCCCGGCUGUCGCAUUGUGUGGAUCCUUAUGGCAGAAUAUUCUACCCAACGCCGAGUAUUAGAGCGUCUUACACAAAAUCGUCCUGCUCGGCAUAUACCAAGAAGAUAAUAUUCUUCAACUCUGUACACGCGUCAUUCUCUUGGCUCGUCUGCCUGACUCUCCUCUCGCUUCUUUAUGCCGAAAACUGGUUCCAACCUGCCGGAGCGCCCUCGUGGGCCGUACCCGCGCUGAUGGCAGCACAUGUUUUCGAGGCCGGUCGAAGGCAUAUUCCGGAGCUGUCUGUCGCAUGCAUUGUUGCGGGUCUGACCGGCACGUGGCUCUUUAAACACGUUCGGUUUCGCCUGGCCGGCAACGGCGGCCAGGAUGGUGACAUUUCAUUAAAAGACGUUUCAAGCAUAUCGGAGAGAGACCUAGAGCAUGUCUUCCCCGCCCGGAGAGGCAAUAGCCAAGGAGCAAUCCAAGAUUCAAGUGAUGGUACAAACCUCACCGAGUUGAUGGUAAUGGCCUGAUUAAUUUUCAUUUCAUUUUCGUUUUGGCUGCCUUCCGUAUUGGGGGCCACGGCUUUUGGGUGUAUGUUUGGAGUUGGCUUGCUUUUCGAGCUCGUCUGGG